AUGGCGUUGGACCCAGAGGUCGAUGUCGACGCGAUGCAGGAUGAUGACGACGAUCAGGUGGAGCAGUACAAGACAUGGAAGAAGAACAGCCCGUUCCUGUACGACAUGAUUUUAGGAACUGCUCUCACUUGGCCUACUCUUACCGUCCAAUGGUUCCCGGAUGUGAAGGAGGUCGAGGGACAAAACUACAGCAUGCAUCGGCUUCUGCUCGGCACGCACACGUCCGACGAGAGUACCAAUUAUCUUCAACUCGCCAAUGUCCAGGUGCCCAAGGCUGUCCAGCCAAACCCCUCCAACUAUGACGAGGACCGGGGUGAGAUUGGAGGAUAUGGAAACUCGGGCGAGGUUGCCGCCAUCAAAUGCGACAUCAUACAGAAGAUCGAGCAUCCUGGCGAGGUCAACAAGGCCCGAUACCAGCCUCAAAACCCCGACAUCAUCGCCACCCUCUGUGUCGACGGCAAAAUUCUCAUCUUCGACCGCACAAAGCACCCCCUUCUGCCUACGACGCCCGGCAAGAUCAAUCCCCAGAUCGAGCUCAUCGGCCACAAGGCUGAGGGUUUCGGCCUCAACUGGAGCCCGCACGAGGCCGGCUGCUUGGUAUCGGGCAGCGAGGACAAGACCAUGUGUCUAUGGGACUUGAAGAAGCUCGAGACGGACUCGAAGACCAUGCGACCCUCUCGGAGAUACACCCACCACGACCAAAUAGUCAACGAUGUGCAGUACCACCCGAUUGCGAAGAGCUUCAUCGGCUCCGUGUCGGAUGACCAGACGCUGCAGAUCAUUGACAUCCGGCAUAGCGAGACGAGCAAGGCAGCCGUCGUUGCCAAAGGCGGCCACCUGGAUGCCAUCAACGCCUUGUCCUUCAACCCGACGUCAGAAGUGCUUGUGGCGACGGCGUCGGCCGACAAGACGAUUGGAAUCUGGGAUUUGCGAAACGUUAAGGAAAAGGUGCACACGCUCGAGGGUCACAACGACGCCGUGACGUCGCUCUCGUGGCACCCGACCGAGGCCGGCAUCUUAGGUAGUGGUAGCUACGACAGAAGAAUCAUCUUCUGGGACCUCUCGCGCGUCGGUGAAGAGCAGCUUCCCGACGAUCAGGAGGAUGGCCCGCCAGAGUUGCUUUUCAUGCACGGCGGACACACGAACCACCUCGCCGAUUUCAGCUGGAAUCCAAGCGAGCCCUGGAUGGUGGCGAGCGCAGCCGAGGACAAUUUGUUGCAGAUUUGGAAGGUUGCCGAGUCCAUCGUCGGAAGGGAUGACGGCGACCUGCCCGUCAACGAGCUCGACCGAUAG